AUGGUAUACUGCGGGAAGCCAAGCAAGGGCUGCGGUCAAUGCAGGUCCCGCAAAGUUCGAUGCGAUCAAGCCCGACCGGCCUGUUCGCAAUGCGUCCGGGCUAAACGAGAAUGCCCAGGCUACCGUGACCCCCUGUCGCUCAUGUUCCGGGACGAGAGCAAGUCAGUGGAACGAAAGGCCGGCAAUACCUCUCGUACUUCUACUACUGCGGCAACUUCGUCUCAAAGUUCAUCUUCUAGAUCAAAUUCGAGAUCAAACCAGUUGCAGCUCUCUCGCACAGCAUCCCCAGAAGGGAAUUCUGUGCGACCUGAGCCCGCAUCCGAGAAUCCCCACUUUGAUUUCAACUCAGACCCACAACACCAGCAUCUUAUGCGUCAACUAUGGAAACGGCCACUGGAGAUGCAGCCACCAACAGACCUAGAGGCCCACAAGCAUGAGGCACUAUGCUAUUUCCUGAACUCUAAUGGGUCGCCCGGCACGUUUUGGUUGACAAGCCUCGUGUCCGACUUUUUGCACCAGACCGGGGGUCCUGCAAGUGCGAGAGCCAUGCGAGCGAGUGUGACCGCGACCGCCGUGGCUAUGCUCUCCCGCGUCAAAGACAUGGCCCCGCUGAAAGCAAUGGCGCGCAAAGAGUAUGGGUCCGCAUUAAGGUUGAUUAACGAGGCCCUUUCCGAUGUCAAAGAAGCAAAGACCAACCAGGUUCUGGGCUCCGUAGUACUUAUGGCCAUUUAUGAGCAUAUCCGCGGUGCCACAGCUCUACUCGACCUUCGUGGCCCCGAACAACUGGAAACCGAAGCCGGCCUUCGUCUCUUUUUACAUCUACGACAUCAAACUGUAAGCAGUGGUCAAAAAUUCGCCCCCUAUAUUCAAGUUCAUGCUAACUUCUCCCAGAUCAUCGCCUGUAUCCAAGGAGCUACGCGAUUACCCGAUUCCCUCCUCGAGUGCAGCAAGGUUCCAAUGUUCCUGGAACCCAGAGCAGCUUAUGGCAACCGACUCAUCAUCACUAUUGGGAAGCUGGCGAAUCUCCGGGCUGAUAUCCGCUACCGAGUAUUUAAGAAUAAUCCCGAGAUCCUUUCGGCUGCCUCGGCCAUCGAGGCCGAGCUGAUCGCCUGGAUGACCGCUCUGACGCCCGAAUUUAAUUAUACCGUUCGCACUCGAUCUCCCUUCGACUUCGCCUUCCAGCACCAGUGUCGUGGAAUGAGCCCAUACGACGACCAGUAUUCCGUCUAUCCGGAUCUUUUCGUCUGCAACACAUGGAACCAGUACCGCAGUGCGCGCAUCAUCGUCAGCGAUAUCAUUCUCUCGCAUAGCCCACAAUUCUCGGACAAUUCCUCCACAAGCGUAUUAUCCGACGAGCUUAGUCUUCACCGUGAGAGCCUACGGUCCACCAUCCGACGGCUCGCGGUAGAUAUCUGCCGCAGUGUGCCAUUCCAUCUCGAUGCGCACCAGGAAGAUGUACCGACCUAUCACCCGAAACCGCAGAGCUACCUCGGCGGUCUCAUGCUGCUAUGGCCCCUGUUUCUGGCCGGCGUGGCGGAGGGCCCGAAUCAUUACCUGCGCCGGUGGGUUAUGCAAUGUCUGCACAUGAUUGGCCACACGAUGGGUAUCGACCAGGCUUUGGCCCUGGUGGAGGUCGUGGAUGCUAAUCCAGGCAUGUUGAAGGACACCAUCGAUGAAAGCGCAGUCGUUGAUGUGUCUAACUCGCCCGAGGAAGAGUUUGAUCCCUACUCUAUGCUUCCCGGGAACACCCCUACACCUAUGUCCCCCUCUCCUGGUGUGUAG